AUGUUAAGUUGUCUUUCUCGCGCUAACUCAUUCUCGAGACACUUUGAAAUCACAAUUGAUGGAAAGAAAUAUGAAGCUUUCCAAGGAGAAACCAUUCAGAAUGUUUGCUCAAGGAAUCACAUUCAAGUUCCUCGUGCUUGUCAUUCAUACUACUACAAAGGUGACGAAUGCGGCCUUUGCAAGGUUCUCGUCAACGGUACUUCACUCCAAAAUGCCUGCAAGACACUAGUUUACAAAGGUCUUGAUGUUAAAACAAGAUCUCCAGAAGUUAUCAAGAACUUCCCAGAAGCCAUGAAAAAAUUCAAAGAAUUUGAUGACUUCAAGCUCAUCGGAAGUGAUAUUAUGCCUCAUGUUACAGCUACUCUCAACAAUAUGGAACAAUGCAUGGCCAAUCCUGACAAACCAUCAAAUCUGAUCGACGAUACAGCUAUUGGUCUCAAGAUCGAUCCUCACAAAUGCACAAAAUGCAACAAAUGCGUUCCUAUCUGCCCAAGUAAGUCGUUAGUCUUAGCUCCUUACAUCCAAGCAUUCGGAAACAACGGCCUCGUCCACGCCUUCUGCAAUAACUGCGGAAAAUGUGCCGAAGUCUGCGAUAGCAAAGCAAUUACUUACACAAACCACGUUACAGAGCUUGGCGACGUUCUUGCCAUCAAGGACAUGAAGAAGGUCGCUAUCAUUGACCUCUCCGUCUGCAUCAACCUUGAGAGAAUGCUUAAAUUACCUCGUGGCUCUCUUACAGUUACUAAAUUAGGUACAGCCUUGCUCAAAGGCGGCUUUGAUUUAGUUUUCGAUGCAGCCAUCGGUAGCGAUAUCGCUAUUCUCGAAGAAGCCCAAAUUCUUGCAAAUCAUGUCAUGGACAGAGUUCCAUUAGUUUCCGCCUGGUGCCUAUCAUCAUACCAAACAAUCCUUACUCAUAUGCCAGAAGCACAAAAGAUUCUUUCAUCAGUUAUCUCUCCACCUCUUAUUUCAGGUUUCCUCACUAAAUCGGCGCCUAAAACAUUAUCCGUUUCAUUUACGAACUGCAUUGCUCACAAGGUAGAGCUCGCCCAUUACAAUGGCUCUCAUCUCCAGUACAAUAAUAUGGCUCUUUCUGUUGAAGAACUGGCCAACUUCCUCGAGCAAAAGAAGAUAGACCUCAAGACAAUACAGGACAAGCCACACCAAGCCGCUGCUUCCCGUGCAGGAAUUUUAUCUUCAACUGCAGAAGGAUGGACUGACGCGAUCAUCGAAGUAUUCACGAGAAAACACUUGAAUAUGACAGAAGUCAAGAAAGACAUCGAAAUAUUCUCAAAUCUCGCAAAAAUUAUCAAGAUCGAAAUUAAACCAGGUACAACAAUGAGAUUCGGUAUCGCAUACGGACUCCAGGGACUUCAGCAAUUACUCUCCAGACCUUACCCAGACUUACUUUACAUCUGCGUCGCUGAAUGCGAAGGUGGAUGUCUUAAUGGCAUUUGCGGCUCGAAAGGCGAUAAAUUACUUAAAGAGAAUAUCCUCAAAGACCACGCCCACAAAUCUCCAUUCAAGUCUCCGCUUGAUAAUCCUUUAAUUCAGAGACUUUACAAACUUGACUUCGCAAAGCCUGAAGAUGUAUUCCUUUGGAUUCACAAUGGACCAUUUGUCCCUCCGAAAUCCCUCUUUGCUCAGCCAAACCAGCAAAAUCAACAAAAUCAGCCAAAUCAGCAGCAGAAACCACAGCAACAACCACCAAAACAGCCUGUUCAGCAGCAGCCACAGCCACAAAGACAACAACCAGCUCAACAACCAAGAAAUCCAAUGUCACAACAACAAAUUCCUCGCAGCAGCAAAUUAAUUAUGCCAAACUCACAACCAACAAAACUUAUUCGCUAA